UCCGGGUGGGCUGGUUAGUUGUCCUGGGUAGCCAGUGAGGGUCAGGCACACGAGGCUCCUAUCACUUCCACCACCACUCUUCUUACUACCUGCUGACACUACCAGUUCUACCAACCUAACAUCUCAAACUAACUUCCUCUCCAGGAUUCGUACUAGCAUAUCCAAAAUACAAUACUCUUUACGUCCUAGAUAUAUGAAAUCAUUCAGCCUUACUGUUUGCACAACUACUGAAACCUGUCAGUCAUUAAUCUCCGUCUUGAUCUACACUUUGAUCUUAGCUCAAGAGAGUCGAAAAGUGAUUCUCCGUCUUGAGGGUCUACAAUUUGCAAGUUUCUCUCAACAUUCCUGCCAAAAAUUUAAAACCAAAAGGUAUCACUCCACAUCUACAACAUUUACUGAAGCAAGACACUUGUAGCUACUGUGGAGUUUAAUGGAGUCAACUUAUUCAUGGUAUGUUUCACGAGAAUCAGCCGAAAUACUUUUGUGCAGUUAACGUGAAGAAGACAUUGUGAAUUUAGCCAUGUUUUAUUGUGUUUUUCAUUGAGGUUUCAUAUACCAGUUCCAUUAUAAGUUUGUAGAUCACCUGAAAGUUCCUAUUUCGUACUGCUUUUUUGAGUGAUCAGCUGAAACUUACCAUUUCAACCCUGAUCGCCGAGACCCAAUGAAUCCAGCUUCAUCAACAAAGUAUCAUGUAGACAUAGGGCAACACAAAUAUAAUGUGAAGUGUUUCUCAAGGAGAUCUAAAGCAGUCAGCCGCCACCAUGGCUGCUCCCUCAGAGAUGUAAACAAACCAGGACCCUCAACGCUCGCCCUUCAGGGAAACAACUUCAGCGACCUGUUUAUCCUGUGAUAUUCACUCUCUCUUGUGUAUAUCUGAUGUUCCUCGAUACACUUGUCUUACACACUGGAGUUGAUAUUCUUGGGAAAAAUCAAACACGAAUUCAAAAAUUGAGCUUAUAAGACGCUGGCAGUGACAAAACUGAGUGUUAAAUUUUUAUCUUUUAUAAUUUGUUACUGAUUUUUAUUUAUAUCUUUAUAUAUUGUGAAGUUUUAAAGAUCAGUUUUUAUUAUUUGGGUUUAGUUAAUUUAUUCUUGGUCCAUGACAGCGUUGAGAAGUGCAAAUUUAAUAGUGAAUUUUUUUUAUUUUUUUUUUUAAUGUGAUGUCGUGCGUUCGGCUUCAUAGAUUGUGAAAUGAAACCAAUGUUAUGCAACUUGAAGUGAGAAACAUGUACCACUGUAUUUCUCAUUAGGAAAACACACGUUUUCUUCUGAGUAUUAUUAUUACAAUCAAAACUAAGCGCUAAAUCCACCAGGGUCUGUUCUGAGUAAAACAACUCCAGUUAGCCGUGCGACUGAGGGAAGUUUGGUGAUCGCCAGUUAGAUUUAAGUUAGUUCCAAGGAGAAAGUGUAGAUUAUAACCUCGCGUAAUCUGAGAAUGGUGGAAGAGCUAGUGAGCAGGUCCAGCGUCCAGUGAGCGGAGAUCAACAACCAAGCUCCCGUGGGUGAAACUGGGUGAGCCAGCAGGAUCCAGAAAGGAAGGUACCUGGGCGUCGUCAGGGGGAUGAUGGAAGAGAGGGGAGCAGAGUGUUGUGGUGGUGGUGGUCGCCCACACCUCCUACUCAUGUUCUUACUCAUGGCGUCUACACCCACUCACUCCUUGAGUGCAAUGCGUGGAGGCGCGGGGACUACUGAUGGACUGCUGGAGCUGAGUCAGGCAGUGACACAACUAACGCAGAGGUUCGCUACGCUGGAGGUCAGCCUCGAGUCCCGCCUUGUACGUCUUGCUGACACUGCCACCAAAGGGGAGAUGCUGAUCGAGACACUGUCCUCACGGCUCAGUAAAGUAGACUCCCUGGUGGAGAAGGUGGAAGCUCUCGACUCUCGCCUCACACUGGAGACCACCUCCCUCAAGUCCACCAUCAGGAACACCAACAGGGACCUCCAGGGUGUGGCUACACAGCUGGAGCUAAUGGACUCCCGGGGCAAGUCUGAUGAUACGUCGAGGCACGACAUGUCCAGACAAGACACGUCAGGACACGAUGCGUCUAGGCACGACACGUCUAGGCACGACACCAGGUCCAGCUUGAGUAUAAGAGCCUUUGAUGCAGACAACAUCUCUGCAACGAUAACGAGAAGUAUCGGCGAGUAUGUAGAACUCACUCUACCUCGCCUGCUGAACCAGGCUCUAAACACACUACACGACACACUCUACAAGAAGAUCAGCAAAAGUGUUGGAGAGCUGCAGGACGAGGUGAGAGAGACGCGGGAGGAACUGGAGGACCUGAGCCUGCAGGCGCUGACGGCGGAGGCAGAGACCAGGGAGGUUAUGCAGAAGGAAGGCAAGAUCACUAAUGACGCCGUUAGGGACAUCAAGAAUAAGAUACAGUUGGUGCAUCAGGACCUCUCACUCAAGAUUACGUCUGUGCCAUCACUGCAGCAGAUGAACCACACGCUGGUACAGAGCAUCGCCAGCGCCACCGCCGGACUCAACCUCACUCUAUUGGAGGCUGCCCGCAGGAGGGGAGUCGCUGCCAGUGUGUUUGGUCUGCCUCACCCGCUCCACUGCCCAGACCCGACCACCGUCGCUGAUCUGCUGGAGGUGAAGCAGCUGCUGCAGUCACUGCUGAAGAAGAGUGAGGACCUGCGUCGUGGCUUGACCAAGCAGGCUAGCGAGGGAGUAGACUUACUCAAACUCCUCCACCAGAGGUUUUCCGUCCUGCUGCGUCGUAUGAACACCGAGCCAGACCAUGGUCAGAUUCUGAUGGCGGAGAUGCAGGACCUGGGCAGCUUGGUGGAGUCAUCCUACACUGCUGUCCUCAUCGCCCAGAAUGCCUUCAUCGACUCCUGCAAGCGCAUCCAGAAUGAGGAACCCACACUCGAACACAAGAUAACAGAGAUUCUGGACAAGCUCGUCACAGACAUCGACCUGGGCUAUCAGUUGAACCGUCAGCAGUUGUCUGAGCUGAGGGAAGUGGUGGAGAGACUGGGAGAUAAUGCCUCACCCCUCACCAACACCCAACCGAUUGAAGCGGUGGAGAGCGAAGUGAGGCGGGACCAAGAGUUUAUAGAGACCAAUAUGAAGCUUGGCGAGGUGCGGGAGGUCAUCAUCCAGACGAUAGAGGAAACUAACACGACGGUGGCGAAGCUAAAGAGCGUGGAACAGCGGUUGGAUGAGGUGUCCAGCGAACUCGUAGGUACCGAUUGGUCCGAUCUACGCCAAAAGGAGCCAGCAGACCAACUAGUUACAACAGUCAAGGACCUGAAGGGCUUUGCGCAGGAGCAGAUCAUUCAGUCCCUCAACCUUCAAGAGACUCUCCUGAUCAUCCUGGAGCACCUAACUAAGAACGUUUCGGUCAGCCUUCACAAAGAUAAUACCGGCCAGACUCUUAACUUGAUGAGCGACUCUGCCGCCUCACUGACUCUGCCACCCUCGUGCACAGCUGCUCUGCUCCAGCAGGUACGCAACAUGCCACAGUUCCAAGCUGCACCUCAGACGACACCCGCCACUGCCGAAGAUGCCAAUGCUGAAGACCACAUCCCAGCUUGGUACACUGAUCCAGACUUUCUCUCCGGUAAUUACGGCACUCCUGACCGUGGCUUCCCGGUAUUCCGAGAGGAGGAGUGGAUGGAUAUGGAUGAAGACUACGCUAGAGAUGAUUAUAACCAGCAUGAAUCUUCGUCGUCGCCUCCCGUUACGCCCACACCAGCGCCUGCUGGAGUUAAGAGAUACUUUGGCAUCAAAAAGACUACCAACGCCCCGCCGUUAGUAUCCAAGAAGACCAACUGGAAAGAGGAUUUUCCAUGACGAAGCUAACACGGGCGUCAGUCACAUGUACAUGAAUAUAUAUUCUUGUUGCCAACGUUCCUUGAGGCUAGUGAGGGGCUCUUGAUCCCAGGACUUGGACUUGUCCUCCCCUUCCUUGGCUCAAACAUGAUUGCCUCUCAUUCCCCAGGCUCUGUAUGACCCCUGUGGGUUUUACACUUCCCCUUAAAUAUACUACUAAUAAUAAUGUAUAUAAACACUUAAUAUAGAGAUUAAUAAGGUGACAAACUGACCAAUCAGAUACAUUAAAUGCAGCACAAAAUAUUUUAAUUAUAAAGGAGAAUCAAGAAAGUCAUUUAUUGUAGAUUCGAAAAUUUGUAAUAAUGUACGAUUUGAUCAAAACACAGACUUAAUUAUUACUUUUUAUGUAUGAGACUCAUGUGCAGUUAUGUUGAAAAAUUAUGAAUAAUUAUUAUCAUUAACAUCAAUGUUAACUGUAGCCACAUCCUGGUCAAAUAAACACUCAUAUUGUGUAA